UUGAGAGAGCAGAAAGUGAGCAAGAAUCAGAGAGCGUGUUGUGGAAACCUGCAGUCCAGGAUUCAGUUCCGCCAGAUCUUCUACGCUCUCUCCUCUUCAGUCUUCUUAGCCCAUUUCAUCGGCUGCUUAGUCAUCAGCUGAUCGAUUUUUACUGCCUCUGCUCUACUUUUUUGCUCCUGAACCCCCUUCAUUUUUCUCUCAUCUGGCAAAUGGAGUGAGAGACUGUUUCAGUACCUGCACUCCCUGGUUCUUCUCCUCGCCUCCCGUCCCAUGGGCAUCCGUGCAUCUUGCAGACCAGAGCCUCACGGUCGCGGUGGGUCCUCGCAGCAUGGGCAGGUGGACUCUCCCCUUCCAGAGCAAGAUGAGGAGAUCCUGGGAUCUGACGACGACGAACAGGAGGAUCCCAACGAUUACUGCAGGGGCGGAUAUCACCAUGUGAAAAUUGGUGACCUGUUCAAUGGUAGAUACCAUGUGAUCCGUAAGCUGGGCUGGGGUCACUUCUCCACCGUGUGGCUGGCCUGGGAUAUCCAGGAGAAGAGCUUCGUGGCCAUGAAGGUUGUAAAAAGUGCUGAGCAUUAUACAGAGACGGCUCUGGAUGAAAUCAAGCUCCUCAAAUCUGUGAGAAACACAGACCCCAGAGAUCCUAACAGGGAGAAGGUGGUGCAGCUUCUGGAUGACUUCAAAAUUUCUGGCAUGAAUGGGACUCACGUCUGUAUGGUCUUUGAGGUCCUGGGCUACCACCUCCUAAAAUGGAUCAUAAAAUCAAACUAUCAAGGCCUGCCCCAACCCUGUGUGAAAAGCAUCAUACGACAGGUUCUGCAGGGCUUAGACUACCUCCACACCAAGUGCAAGAUCAUCCAUACAGACAUUAAACCUGAAAACAUUCUGCUGACUGUGAAUGAGCCCUACAUUAGGAAAAUGGCUGCUGAGGCGACGCAGUGGCAGAAGUCUGGAGCUCCACCUCCCUCUGGAUCUGCAGUGAGUACAGCUCCGGCACCUAAAACUAUGGCCAAAAUGUCAAAGAACAAGAAGAAGAAGAUGAAGAAAAAGCAGAAGAAGCAGGCGGAACAGCUGGAGAAGAGGAUUCAGGAGAUGGAGGGAGGGGCUACGCCUGAUGGUGGUGCAGAGGAAGAGGAUGAGGAGGAGACGGAAACUAAUGAAGACGUGUCCUCAGCUACCCUUCCUAUCUCUUCCAAGCAGCAAGACGUUGCUAACCAUGAGAGCACAGCAGACUCCACCACCGACGAGCAGCCCCCUCUGAAGCCUCAGGUAGGCCGUCAGACGGAGGGAGCAGCUGAGGAGGAGGCCACAAUGGAGACCAACUGCAACGGCCGUUCUUCCUCACCAGAGAGCAAAGACGGUUCAGAAACGCAAAGGACGGAGGAGUCCACACAGAACCAGGCGGACCGACAGAAAGCAAACCAAGCAGAAAGCGGCGCAGAGACUCCAGACGCUUUGUGUAACAAAGAGGAGCAUGAAGGCAGCGACGCCUCAUCCGGCGAGCCCGACCCCACCGUGCAGCAUCUCCCCGCUUCACUCGACUCCGACGCAACUGUGCAGCGAAUCGAAGGGGAAGGAGGGAGAAUAAAGAUGGAAGACAUGGACACUCAGGGGGAGAACAAGCGGGGAAGUGAAGAAGAGGACAGCCAGAGUGAUCCAGCAGGCAGCAUGUUGAUAAACCCCCUGGACCCUCUUAACGCCAACAAACUGCAGGUCAAGAUCGCCGACCUCGGCAACGCUUGUUGGGUGCACAAACAUUUUACAGAUGACAUCCAGACACGACAAUACCGUUCACUAGAGGUUCUUAUCGGAGCUGGUUACAGCACUCCAGCAGACAUAUGGAGCACAGCCUGCAUGGCCUUCGAGCUCGCUACAGGAGAUUAUCUGUUUGAGCCCCACUCUGGAGAGGACUACUCCAGAGAUGAAGAUCACAUAGCGCUUAUCAUCGAGCUGCUUGGCAAGGUUCCUCGGAAGCUGAUCGUGGCGGGAAAAUACUCCAAGGAGUUCUUCACCAAGAAAGGCGACCUGCGACACAUCACCAAGCUGAAGCCGUGGGCUUUGUUCGACGUCUUGGUUGAGAAGUACGAGUGGUCCAAGGAGGAGGCCCACUCUUUCAGCAGCUUCCUGCUGCCCAUGCUUGACCUGGUGCCUGAGCGGAGAGCCACAGCGGCUCAGUGCCUCUCCCAUCCAUGGCUCACUUCCUAAAGCCUGCAUACUGCUACCCUUUUAUAUUGUGAAAGGCCCCAGCCAGCGAAUGCAUUCGUGUCUGCAAGCAGGAUCCUCCUCGUGCUGAUGUACGUCUAUCUUCCUGCAAACAUCCAACCAACGAAGAGGAAAACUGUCCAGGAUUUGUUCUUUUAUGGAUUUCAAUUAUUGGAGUACCUUCAGUUAUCCUCUCCGUUUGUACUUAAAAUGAAUUUGCAUCCGUCUCCCUGUUUUGUUUUGUUUUUGUUAGUUUUUUGUAUUUUAUUUUUCUCUUCAAGAACUGAAAAUUUGCACCUUUCCAACAGAAACUGAAAUGUUAAGCCAUUGAAGCUGCAGUGCGUUGUAUAGUUCACCGUUGAGCCGAUUCUCUGCCAAUCUUCAUGUGCCAGCUUUUACACCCUUGGCCUAAAACUUUGUGGUUAUAAUUUAAUCAUAUGCGAUGCUCAUUAGAUUAUAAAGUCUAUUAUCUUCAAGUUCUGUCUUCUGAAGAUUUAUCUUCGCCCUGAACAAAGGGGAUUAAAAAAAAAAAGUUUUUGUACAUUUUUACACAGGCAGGAUUAGAAGACAGAUAUUAAAUGCAGUGUGCAUCAGUGACAUGUUUCCAAUCGCGCACUUUGACAUCAAUGCUUGUUAUCUUUGAGUGAUUUCCAGGAUUCUGCAUUAUUCCACAGUCUCUUGGAAUUUGAUAUUAGAGUGUGAUAAUGGAUAGUUUGGGGAGUUUUUUUUUCUGAAUGGACCACUUUAAAGACCAUUACACAUUGUUGCAUUUUCGGACAGUCCUGUCAAACCGCAUGUGGAUGAGCAUCCACUGUUCAGUACGUCGUACCAAAGAGUUUGGCUUGAUCCAGGUUCUGAAGGCGGCGAGUAGCAAAGCAGGCUUCAUUUGAAGGGCUGAAAAAUGUUUUUUUGUGAUCUGAUCAUAAAUGUAGGUUCCGCUGUGCAAAACUUUCAUAUGAAUGUGCUGGUUUAACAAAAGAUUGUACUAAAGGCAUUUAUUGUUUCAUUGCUUUAAAUGUCUUCAGGUGUCAUACAGUUUUUUUUAAAUUAGUUUCUGAUGUCUCUUGUCUUCCAUUUUCUUUAUUUCUCCCUGUAGAUUUUAAGAAUAAAAACUUUGCCAAAUUA